AAAACGAUAUAAUGUGACGUUUGAAAUUAUUUUGAUUACUUGUCAAUAUAAUUUUCGUAUAUUCUUCUUGUAAAAUUUUUGUGAUGCUCAGAAAUAUUUUAAAAAUAUCUGGAUUGCACUUGAAAUUCGUUGUAGUGAAGAAUUGUUCGUUUUGGAAACACCACUUUUUGAGAAAAUUUAUGAAAAUCGAAUCAACAGACAUAGGUAUUACAAUGUCUCAUACGAUCCCGAAGAUCCCACGAAAAUUAACCAACAUUACCUCGAAACAAAAUAUAAGUGAAAUGUUUUUAAAUUCCUCUCAUUCGAUUCGUCGUUGCAGAACUAAACGUUUUAAUCCUAUUUUAAAGAACGAACUAACAAAACCAAAAUCCCUCGAUUUAGCUAACACUAUUACAAAAAAACGCCGCAGAAUAUUCGACAGAACGUUGGAAAAGUUUUUCAACAGAAAACAAAUCCCAACUGCACCAUCUUUACUAUCAAGCUUCGAUAAAUUGCUCGAUACUAAAUCAGUGGCGAAUAUAUCAGUAUCGAAAUCCAAAUCUUUACCAAUAUUUAACAAACUCUCAUUACAAAAAUCUCAAUCAAAACUUGACAAAAUCAUGCAACAAAACUCAUUCAUAGCCCUCAAACGCCAGGUGAACUCAUCGAAAGUAUCUCUAAAUGGAACGUUGCGAAUCCACGAACCUUUAACCAGCUUCUACUACAUACCCAGAGCUUGCAGACUGAACGACGAAGAUAGUUCUAUCGAUUUUCGAUCUUUCCAAUCCAAACCCAACAGCUUCAGCAUGUUCCCGAAACGUUUCUACUCCACUCAAGCAGCUGCCAUGUCCGAAAACCUGCAAGAAUUCAAGCAAGAAUUCAUUCAAUACCUGUACCAACAAGAAAACGAAAUUGACAGAGCGGCUGUACUGGAUAAACUCGAUUUACUUUUGGCUCAAACUGCCGAACUCAACAGAAACAUGCACGAUAUCGACGAUAAUACCAGCAAAUGCAAGCUGAAUCCCGACGCUAAUAAACCAGCCGCUAGGAUAAUGUUAAUAGAUGCUAGUUACAGGAAUAAUCCCAACGGUAAUAUCAGUAUGACUACUAUCUUGAACAGUCCGAUACGCGUUGGAAAUUUCCCCAACAACAAAGAUACUAAAGAAAUGUCCUUUGUGAGCGCCAAAGGGAAAGAAUGUAGCACUAAAGCGAGUAACAUCGAAGGGGAUGGUUUUAUGUCGAAAAUUCAUUUACUUUUAAAUUAUUUAAAAGGCAUUGCUGGAAGUAAACCAGCCAGAUCCUAUUGCACCUACAGUUUAACUACCGGCAGAAUUUUAGGAAAUAAGGAUAUCGGUAAAAUUCCUACAAGGAGAUACCACGUUUUAACAAAACUUCAGGGAAAGAAGUUAACAGAGAAGGCGAACUACACAGAUUUGAGGCAACUCAAAGGAGACGCCACAGAGACAGAAAACAUCCGCAGCAUACAAGGAAAAGUCGAUAAUUUCUACAAGUGGCACAAACUCAACAACACGCACAACGUCCAACUAACUCUAAAACGAUCCAUGUCCACAAAUAAAUCCAACGAAAUAAACACUAACGAAUACAUAGACGACAAUAUAAGCACCGAUAAAAGCACCGAUAGCAAAGCUACAAUUAGUAAAAAGUUAACCCUUAACGAUGUAUUAAAUAUGGAAAAUUGGAAGAUAUACCAAUUGAAGAAAAAGUAUUUCCCCGCUUCUAAAAGCGAGCCAACCGAAUCACCGGAUAUAUACGACGAUCAGAAAUUCAAAAACGAGCUGUUCAUACCGGAAUCUAAAUACGAAUAUGAAGAAUUCCAAGACUCAGAUCGACCAAUAAUUGAUGAUGACGAAGUUUCAGUUUCCUCAGAUGGCGACUCUGUUCACUCGACAGACACCACCAUUCAGCCAAAUCCGUUGUUGAACAACGCAAUUUUGAAGAAAAUCGUGAAGUACUUUCAAGCUAGACCGGUUCCAUCGGCCGAGGAAUUCAAACGGAGGUACUACAAGGAAAAGGCCAGGCAUUAUGCGAGACUGGCAGGUUUGGUGAUGCACGAAACUCGCUUGGAAAAUACAGAAAUCCGCACGGAAUUCAAGCCGCAAGAAAGGUUUUAUUCCUCUUCGGUACCUGAAAGAAAAACAUUCGCAGGAAACUUCUUAAGUAGAUUCAAUUUGCAUAAAAGAUCAUUCAGUACUUUGGGAAGACAUCACUUAUUUCAGCCGGAUUUACAUGAACAAAUCGCUACUAUUACUAAAGACUUCAUCAGGAAUAAAGUAGAAGAUACUAUCAAUUCAUCCAAAUCGCUGUUCGAUCCAGAAUCAACUUCAGUAUGCAGCAAAGAAUCUACGGAUAGCUUCGAUAAACUAUCCGAAAAGGAAACUACGCCGGAAAAUCUAUCAAACAAAUCGCCUACAAAUCCACACACCAUCACCAAAAUUAUUGGAAGCAAAGAAAACCUCUUGAGGUAUCUAAUGCAAAAAGCAGUAACGUGCUUGAAUAAACAAAACUACCGGCAAUUCGACAAGCUUCUGAUGGCAAACAAGAAGCGAAAUGUCGAAGACAUCCACAAGAUUUUGGAGGAGAUCAAUAAAAUUUUGGAGGAAAGAGACCAACAGCAGAUUUGCGAUAAGUUCAUUCAAUCCAUUUUCGACAGCUCGGUUGUCGAGGAGAAAUCAGAGGGUAAAGGAAACGUUAAUAAAACUAUCACCACAAAAACUACCCUUCCGGAGAUAAUUUUCGACGAGUCCAAAGUCGAUAACGAGAAGUACUUCAAGGCCGUUUGCUUGAUGACUUUCAUGCAUAUAUUUCGCAAGACCGAAGCUGCUGCAGACGACAAUUACGAAGAUUCAGAAAAGUUAAAAACGAAGAAUCUUAUUAAGAAACUGAACAAAAUACUGGGCGAAGAAACUAAAGAGGAUUAAAUAAAUCAACUUUAACUAUGCAAUAUUCAAUUGAUUGUGAUGUGUUAUAAUAAAUUCAUUUACGCAA